GGCAACUGGUCGGGGCGGAGUUGGCGCGAGAUAGGAAAGUGCUUUUGGUGACUCUGGCGGGCGCGGGCGUAUUUGUAGGUCCGCCGGGGCAGCUGCGCGCGCUCUUGAUGGGGGUCUCUUCCUAGCAGCGGUGGUUGUAGGAUUCAGCAGCUUCGAAAGAUUAUUGGAUCGGUUUGAAUGCGGAGAAAGGACGAGAUGUCUCGCGGAAGUGAAGAUCAGGAUGAACUGCUUUGCCAAGACUCAGAUGUAGCAGAACGGCGAGAUAACCGAUGCAAAGUCAAGUGGACACGUGAAGAGGAUGAGCUACUGAAUUCCAUGGUGACAAAGUAUGGACAUGACUGGAAGUUCCUAGCAAGUCACUUUCCUAACCGCACUGAACAACAGUGUCAGUACCGCUGGCUAAGGGUGUUAAACCCAGUCUUGGUUAAAGGUCCUUGGACUAAACAAGAAGACCAGAAGGUGAUAGAAUUGGUGAAAAAAUAUGGCACAAAGCAGUGGACGCUCAUAGCCAAACACUUGAAAGGCAGGUUGGGAAAGCAGUGCCGGGAACGCUGGCACAACCACCUGAACCCCGAAGUGAAGAAGUCAUCCUGGACAGAGGAAGAAGACCGCAUAAUUUGUGAGGCUCACAAAGUUCUGGGGAACCGAUGGGCUGAGAUUGCGAAGCUUCUCCCAGGGAGGACUGACAAUGCUGUGAAGAACCACUGGAACUCCACCAUCAAAAGGAAGGUGGACACAGGACGCUUUCUUAAUGAAACGAAAGAACCUAGUUCCCUCUAUCUACUGGUGGAGGAGGAAAGCAAGGAAAUCCAAAAUGUACAGGAGACUGCAAGUCAGCCAACCUUUUUAGCCAACUGGCCUAUGAAUGACGUGGAAAUCAAAGAGGAGGAAGCAAGUACUGAAGUGCCAAUUGGCUUCCACCAGCUGCCUUGUGAGCAACCAUCUGCGGGCUUGGAGCAGGAUAGUGCUGAGGAAGCCUCAGAAAACACAGCGCCCCAGGAUGCCUUGGGGGAAGAUUCUCCAUACACAUGGGUGGUAGAAGCUGGCAGCUAUCUAUGCGCUGCUGCUGCUCCAGCCAUUACAGAAGCUCUGGAUAUGAUCGAAUCUGACCCAGAUGGCUGGUGUGAUCUUACUCAGUUUGACUUGCCAGAGGAUCUCUCUGCAAGCAACAGCCCAGAUAACCAAACCUCUAUCAAGCCCUACAUUUCCUUGCCAAAUGUGACUGAGUACCGUUUGGAUGGCCACACCAUUUCGGAUCUGAGCAAAGGCAGCAAGGGGGAGCUCAUCCCCAUCUCCCCACGCACGGACAUGACCUUUGGCACACCACCCUCUGUACUCAAGCGGCAGAAGAAGAGAAGAAUCAGCCUCUCAUCCGUCUCAGAGGGUGGCAACACUUCUAGCCUCUCUUUCCUGGAUUCCUCUAACAGCAUGACCCCCAAGAGCACCCCCGUCAAGAGCACCCCUGUCAAGACACUGCCCUUCUCCCCCUCUCAGUUCCUAAAUUUCUGGAACAAACAAGACACUCUGGACUUUGAGAACUCUUCAUUAACCUCCAUUCCUGUGAGCAACCAGAAAGUAAUAGUGACAACUCCAUUACACAGAGACAAGACACCAUUGCUCCAGAAAAAUUCUGCAUUUGUGACGCCCGAUCAGAAAUAUGCAACAGAUAACACGCCUCGUACUCCUACGCCUUUCAAGAAUGCUCUGGAGAAGUAUGGUCCACUGAGGCCUUUGCCACCAACACCUAGCCUAGAAGAAGAUUUGAAGGAGGUACUACGGAGUGAGGCUGGUAUUGAGCUGACCAUAGAAGAUGAUGUGAAGCCAGAGAGGCAGAAGAGGAAACAAGGCAUGCACAGGAGUCCAAUGAAAAAGGUCAGGAAAUCCCUUGCUUUAGACAUUAUGGCUGAAGACUUGAAGUUGACUGUUUCCACCAUGACCAAACCUGUAUGCCUCAAAAGAGCUCAGCCAGUGAGCUUCCUUUCCCAGUCCCUAAACCUGUCUGGGUCAGGCAGCAAGAACAGUAGCAGCAUGCUGAACCGAAGGUUUGUUCAAAUAAAGACCGAGAAAGCACCAUCUUCCAAGAGAAUCCACAGCAGGUACAGGCCACCAGCUCUGAUGUCCAGUGCCUGGAAAACCGUGGCCUGUGGUGGCUCUAGAGAUCAGCAGAUCAUGCAAGACAAAGCUCGACAGAUCUUGGGCGUGUUGAAACAAAACCACACAUCACGGACACUGAUCUUAUCUUGAAGAACUCUGUAACCAUUUUUUUAGUUUCCUAUUUUUAUAUCAAAUGGGGCAAGGCAACAAGGCAGACAAAUUCUCUGCCCUGCCCCGCCCCUCAUCCCGCCUUUCAUUUCCCCCCAGUAGUCUGUCAUGGAGAAUUCAAUUAAUUGUGCUAAAUUCUGGGCUCUGAAUGGGGUUUGGUUUUGGGACUCCUUUGUAGAAGAAUACAUGUCAGGAGUUGGACAAUGGCCCAACAUUAUUAAUUGGGCCAACGCUUUCCUUGACAAUCCUCUUCUUCCCAUUUCCAUCAAUAGAACUUGACAGUGGUCUUUUCCUUGCCUUCAGCUGAUCUCCCAGACAGUGGAGUAAGAUGAAUUAAUGCUUGGGAGAGAACAAGACUUGGAACUCUGGAUUUGGUUUUGACCUCCCUGAAUGGAUCCUUAAAAGUGCAGUUCUCUAAAAUCCCUGCUGGUUUCAUCAAUACAAUCAUGUAUUUUGCUCUUCUUGGCUUUUUCUUGGUGGGUGAGCAGCAGUGGAUUGGGAUCGAAGGAAGAAUAUCUGUUGCACUGUGGAAGUAUCUAGUCUUCUGCUCAUUAGACUGAAGAAUAAUAUGUAAGGGUAGGAAUAAUCUCUUAUUUGGAGCAUUGCUGUCUAUAUUAAUGAUAAUUAAAAAAUCACAUCUUCUGGAGUGA